UUUUUUUUUUUUAAAGGGUGUUUCCUUCCGCAUCGCACAAAUUACAUCUCGCGUCCUUCCCCGCUGUGACCGCAAAUAAUUUUAAUCAUUUCCCGGUUACUACUGGAUGUUUCACUCUAAGGGUAAACCAAAAUACAACUCACAUGUUUCUACAACUGGACAAAGACAUAACCAGACUAACCGCCGUUUUGGGCAUUCAGGAUCUUAACACUGGUCAACAUCAACAAGAAGAAGAAGAGAAAGAAGAAAAGUCUAAGGCUUUUCAGAGUUCCUAAGGAGCAUUGGUUCCUGUCUCAUCAAUGAUGACGGAUCACAAAGAGCUGUCUUGAUCACACACGCUUGACUUGACCUGUAAAGUACUACUUUUAAUUCGUACUUCCUAGUGAUGGCUUCAGACCGGUUCUUGUGGCUUGGUUGGCUUGGAUUCCGUCCUCAAUUCCUUCAAGUUCUCAACGGUCCUCGAUGGUUUCUCUUCUUUAUUUGCUCCUAUUUUUUCACGCAAAGCAUCGUCGUCAAUGGAGUUUAUUCUGUGUCUAUAACAACGAUUGAGACGAGAUUCGGCUACACAAGCUUGAUGACGGGAGUGCUAACAAGCUCGUAUGACAUCGCCGCUCUACUGUUCACGCCAUUCGUCAGCUAUCUUGGCGCCACUCGCAAGAAACCGCUGAUCUGCGGUACCGGCAUGUUCAUUAUGGGUCUAGGCUUCUUUAUUUUUACGCUGCCUCAUUUCUUCUCGGGAAAAUAUGCAUUCGGCAACCCAUCGAUUACGUCCGCAUCCAAUCUUUGCGGUGCAAAAAACAUUUCCGGUGUGAGUCACGAGGACAUUCACUGCAUAGACGGGUCCCGUAGUCAUCCGGGAUACUACGCGCUGUUCAUCACGGGUAUGUUCACGAUAGGCGCGGGUGCCUCGCCCCUGUGGAAUCUUGGGACAUCUUACAUGGACGAGAAUGUCAAAGCAAAGGCGGUGUCCAUGUACAUCGGGUUCUACGCAUGCGCAGGCGUCAUAGGUGCCGGGAUAGGAUUUGUUCUCGGAGGUGUUUUUCUUUCCAUGUACGUAGACCUUGGUACCCAGACCUCACUGACACCCGAGGACGAGGGCUGGGUUGGCGCCUGGUGGCUAGGGUUUGUCAUUUGUACCGGAUUCUGCUGCUUCUGGAGUCUUUGGCUCGUCGCGUUCCCGAAAGAGUUCCCCAAAACGGAGGAACUUCGUAGCCAGGAGAAGAAACUAAAAAAUCCCGCAGUGACGGCAGACGUGGGCUAUGCCAAAUUAAGGGACCUGCCUAAAGCGACUAAAGUUAUCGUCCUCCGUGUCCCGUUUGCGGCAAUCACCCUGGGUAUCACCAUCGAGUCUUUUCUCGUUGCCGCGAUGACGGCUUUCAUGCCCAAGGUCAUCCAGCAGCAGUUCCGCUUCUCCGCGUCCUUCACGAGUCUGCUGAUGGGGGGUGUGGUCAUUCCUGCAGCCCUUGGCGGAACCUUUAUAGGAUCAUACGUGUGCAAAAAGCUGCAACUAGGUCUGUUGGGAGCGGCCAAGAUGUGUUACAUCGUGAGCACAGCCAGCCUCAUCAUGUGCUGUCUAAUGUUCCUCUACUGUGACAGUAUACCCCUUGCUGGCGUGACUGCAGAAUAUGCCGAUAGCAGCUCCAAUGGCGUGACGAGUCUAUGUAACGCCGAAUGUGAUUGCUCAUUGGUGGAAUAUAAUCCCGUUUGUAGUGCCGGUGUCACUUAUUACUCUGCUUGUCACGCGGGCUGUUCGUUAGCUAACUACACAUCAAAGAUAUUUAGUAACUGUUCGUGCGUGGCAGACGCCGCUAGUGUGACCGCAGGCUCAUGUCCAUCUGGGUGCGGAUACGUGAAGCCUUUGCUGUUUCUCUUCGUCUACUUUCUCGUCAUCUUUUCUACGUUCUUUAGCUCGACUCCUGGUACUGUUGUCACGUUAAGGGGCGUCCCAGAUGACCAGCGGGCUUACGCACUUGGCCUUCAGGCAUGCGUAGUACGGCUACUAGGCUCCAUUCCCGGACCAGUGGUGUUGGGAAGUCUGUUGGACGCUACGUGCUCCCUGUGGCAUCAUGGAUGUAAGGGCGAGGGAAACUGCCUGGAAUACAACAACAAGAGUCUGAUGCUAGUCAUACUCGUCAUGAGUGUUGUCUGCAAACUGGUCACCACACUCUCAUACUUCACAGCACGCGCUUUUUGUCCGGCCAAUGAAUCAGACAAGCUACCAAGCAGCGAAAAGCUAGAAUUGAAAAUUGAGUCUCUUGAUAAGAUGUUGGAAAUGAGUGAAAGGGUUACAAGGCUGUAGAAUCCAGAUGUCCUACUGUAGGUGUAAAGGUUACUAUUGAAUGUAGUACAAAGAUGCAGUGCUGGAAAUCCAAAGGUUUUAAAGUUCUCGAUCUAAAGAUGGUCGCUAAGCAAACAAUUUGCGGAAUUUUCCUGUGUAGAAUCCAGGACAGGAGAGGAAAAGAAGGAAAAUGGUUGCAUCAUUGUUAUCAUCACAUGUAUUUAUUAGUCAAGCAUAUUUGAAAUUCACACAUAAAAUGAAUUCAUAUAAGCCUUCUAUUUAAUUUCUUCUUAAAAACUUAACUACGUGUCGAAGCAGGGGGAGUGGCCAGGGGGCUUGUUCCCCCCAAUAUUUUAAAAAAAUUAUAAGGAAAUUACCAGUAGGGGUGUACUUGUGUGGCCCCCCUUUUUUUUUUGUUCCAGCCCCCCCCCUCCCCCUGAUUAUUUUAAGGCAUGCUACUACCCUCCCAAAAUCUUCAAGCUCCUGGAAAUAUUUUAUAUUAAGCCAUGAAGUACACAAACAAAAUACAAGUUUAUAUGUUAAUCUUUGAAAUGAUGCCCGUUCAAGCCUGGUGUCAAGUAUACCUCUUCUCAAUAACAGACCAAUCUACACAAUUAUGGCUUGACAACACAAAAAACAGGAGUAGAAUUGCACAUACUUUUAUUAGCAACUUCUCUUUAAGUGAUUUAGAAAUUAUGUACAAAUAUAUUUACAAUAAAUCCAAUCAUAUUUGA